GCUCGUCGAGGGUCAAGGAGGGAGCCUAGGGCCGAGCCGCUUCAUCGACGCUCGGCGCCGCGUCGACUCCGCCGUCUCCAAAAUCUUCUCGAAGCUUCUAGGCUCGUUCGUCAGGGUCAAGGGGGGAGGCCAGGGCAAGCAGCUUCAUCGACGCUAGGUGCCGCGUCGACUCCGCCGUCUCCAAACCAGCGGCCCAUCGCCCUGACGCCGCAGCACUCAGGCAGGCAUUGAACUGCUCCCUUCUGGUCUGCAAAAAUGUCUGAAAGUGCUUCUGUGGGGAGGGGCCAGAAAGCAAAUGAUCCUGAUGACGAGAUAAAGGAGCAACAUUCCAAACUGAUGCAAUCAUUCCAAUCGAUUCUAACUGCCGAGGUGUGGUUCAUGUUUCCCACCAUGGCUGGGGCAUCCAAUUUGGACCGCUUGGCCAAGGGAGACCAGGCGCAUGUUGUUAUGGCCUUUAUCAUGAUGGGUUACGUCUCAAUCGUGUCCUGGAUUAUAUCUCACACCACUGAAGCUUCGAAAUGGUCAGGUGUAGUCUCAGGUCUGACACAGCUGGUGACAAUCUUAUGUCUAGGGUUGUUCCACUUUGUUGUUGGCCUUCUUAUCCCUGAGGAGUACCCGGCCUACAUGUGGGCAAACUUUCUUCUUUUCAUUGCUGGUGGGCUGUCCGUACUGUCACUAUGGAGGACAUACUUUCUUCUACCAAAGAGCAAGACAGUCUUAAAGGAAGAUUGAGGCGGCAGGACCGCGGACAGAUACCUACACAAGUGAAGAAACCAGAGUAACCAAUUAACUGCAUUAUGACAAUCAACUCCUCAGCUUAAUGGAUGUCGAUAUAACUCCCUUUGAACUGUUGCAUCAUUAAUGCUGCUAGUAUAGUAACGGGACAGGCAGUAUAUCUUGUUUUCACGUACAAUAUCGAGCAAAGCCGUUACUUGACAUGUCCACGCGUUGUGGUCGCGUAGCAGCAGAUGUACCAACUCCCUUGUUGCGGAGAAUUUUGGCUAGUCUCGGUACGAGUUAAGACAUUUAAUUAGGCUUUUGCUUUUA